AAGUCCAACUUUUGAGAGUUUUUUAUUCAUUUUGACUUUUACAUUAUUAGACGUGUCGUAUUUUUUGUUGCCUUAUUAAGCAUCAAAUUGAAAUAAAAUGGGGUUAUUUGUAUGUCUUUUAAAAUUGGUUUUGAAAAUAUUAAUUUAUUUUGCUGUGUUCGUAUCUGUUAUUCUCCUUAUUCCGAAUUUGCCUCCAUACACGAAGUUCACCGCUAUAAAGCUUGAACCUACACAGCCUAGGAGCGGAGUUUUAGCUCCUAAUGCAGCUCUUAACAAUGCCGAUAAAUUAUUUACCAAUAAACUAAUUGGACCUGAAUCAUUUUUAAUUCAUAAUGGUGAACUUUACACUGGUCUUGCGACCGGUGAAGUUGUCAAAAUUUCACCUGGCGGUCAUAUUACUUUUGUUACGAAAAUAGGUCAGCCUUGCACCGGCCUUUCACAAGAACAUAUUUGUGGACGUCCCCUUGGAUUAGAAAUAGAUGAAACAAAUAACUUAUUGUAUGUAGCCGAUGCCUAUUAUGGUAUUUGGAAAGUGAAUCUUAAGAAUAAUAAGAAACAACUACUUGUUUUGCCAAAUGAGGCAAUAGAUGACAGAUAUCCAAAAAUAUUUAAUGAUAUUGCUUUGGACAAGAGUGGUAAUCUAUAUUGGACACAUUCAUCAAGUGAUUAUGACUUGAAGGACGGUGCAAUGACACCUCUUUCUGACCCAUCUGGGAGAUUGUCAUUUUAUAAUUCAAAAACUAAUAGAAGCAAUGUGCUUGUUGACAAUCUCUGGUUUCCUAAUGGAGUAGUUUUGUCACCCGAUGGUCAAUUUGUAUUAGUGAGUGAAUCAAAUCGCUACAGACUAGUUAAAUAUUACAUUAAUGGACCCAAAAAAGGAAAGACUGAAGUCUUUGCAGCAGGUUUACCAGGAAUUCCAGAUAACUUGAAAGUUUUACCCGAUGGCUCUGGUGUUCUUGUUUCGUUGUACGUUGCUUACGAUGAUGAAGAUCCUCACCUCAGUCGGACAAUGGCCGCCACACCGUUAGCAAGGAAAUUCUUAGCGCGUCUUAUUAGAAUGAUAGAAAUACCUUUCGAAUUUCUUUACGAGCAGUAUCCCCACGUCAUACUUGAAGAAAUUGUUUACAAGAUUGGACAUUUCUCUUGUUUAUCUGGUAUUAUACCACAAAAGUCAGGUAUAUUGCAAUUAAACUGGGACGGUGAAAUAGUUGCAUCGUAUUUUAAUACAGACAAAAGCAUUGGUACAAUUAGUGACGUUAUUGUAUAUAAUGAUAAGUUGUACAUAGGAAGCCCACAUUCCUCCUACAUUGGAUCAGUUGCCGUUCCACCACUUCUAAAGGGCGCUUUUUCCAAGACUCGCGCAGGUGCAGCCAAUAAUGCCGAAGUAAAAAGGGAGCAGCCAAAAGUUGAGUCAGCACCUACAACUAAAACAGUUAAAAAACCAGAAACGGAAAAAGUGAAAGUUGCUGAAAAGAUAGAUGUACCUAAACCUUCAGUACAAAAACCAAAAGAACCCACCCCUGUUCAAAAACCAGUACCAAAACCAAGUAAAGCAGAAAAAGUUGAAGUCAAACCAAAUAAACAAGAAACCACAAGUACCCCUAAACCAGUUGAGACCAAACCUAUCAAAGAAGAAACAAAACCUAAAAAAGUUGAACCAAAACCCAUAAAAGAAGAAUCCAAAACAAAACCAGUUGAAAGCAAACCCAUUAAGAAGGAAACUGAAACAAAACCUAAACCAAUUGAAAGUAAGCCCAUGAAACAAGAAAGUGUAACAAAGCCUAAAACUGUUGAAGAGGAAUCAAGCAAAAAACAGACCAAAACUGUUCCCGUGGAACCAAAAACUGUCCAAGGCAAAGACACACCAAGUAAAAAAUCUAAAGAAUCAGAUAUUAAACAAAAUGUUGUUCAACCAGAACCAGUCAAAGCAGCUAAAGUUGAGAAACCUGAGGUAAAAACAUCACAGACUGACAAAAACAAGGACAAAAUAAAAGUUAAGACUCCAAAUAAGCCCCAAAAACCUGUACCAGAUGAAAUUCCAGUUAAAGAAGAGAUUCCGUCCGAUAAAGUACAGCCAGCAAAGGAGACAUUGAAAGUAAUAAAAAAGACUGGACCAGUCGAAAUCCCUAAUCCUAACUAAAAUAAGGUUGUGGAAUAUUUGUUAAUUUAAGGUAAUAAUGGGAAUUUUAAGAAAAUAAUUAUUAAAACUUUUUUUUAAAUAAUAACAAAGUAAUAUGAUACAAAUAUAUGAAUCAAAAUAAAUUGCGUCAAUUAGGUCAUUCCAAAUAACAUUCCGAAAAAUAAUGUUUCAAAAUAUACCUUAAUUAAAGUACAAUGUAUAUUGAAAUCUUAGAAUAUAAAUACAAAUUAUAUAGAUGUUUUCACAUUUGUGUUGGAUCUCAGAGAUUUUGGCUACAAAAUAUUCCAGUAUUAAACAAUGAGGCUGAACAUAAAGUUGAUUAAAUUAUCAAAUUGUCGAAUAAAAAAUUAUUUAUACGCGAGAUCAUCAACAUUUCGAAUAUAUUUUACAGGUUACCAAUAAAAAGUGCAAUAAGAUCUAUGUAAAUACAUAUUGCAAUCGUUCUUCCUCAUAUUGUUUUAAAUCUCAUAUUUUUAUACAUUUUCUACAUGUUUU